UAUUUUCGGAGAAAUAGAUUCAUUACAUAAGGCGCGGGUAUCCAGUUCAAAAAUACAGCCACGGAUGGGGUGCAGCGUGCUGCGCCCAUCACUUCCAGCUCUUGUUAACGACCCACGGGUGACUGCUAUCCUCCUCGGCAACAUCGCGCCAAGUCCCGUGCGUUCGGAUCUGCGACCGCGGUCCCCCUGAGAACGUCACUCUUGCUGCGCUGUCGGCAGGAGCCGAAGCCGAGGAGGUGCUGUACAGGCUGCGGUGGUUGAGCGGAGCAGCCAGGCUCUUGAUGUUCAGCAACACGCGAGCGCCAAUCACAGAGACCAGUCUGCAGGGCACCGGCGAUGAGCUGAUCUGACUUGGAAUUGUUGAAGGGGAUACGAUUCAAAUCUUACACGAUAGGAGCUUCUACCAGCG